CACUGCUUCUUUCAUACCGUAGCAUUUCGUUCGAAACAAGGCAUCGCGCUGCUUCGAAACUUUCGCACUGUGAUUUUUUUCGAAGAGAGAAGAGAUCGCUAUUGCUCCAUCCGAACGGAACACCGAGUGCCGCAGAAGCCACGUAUUCGUAUUCCUCGGAAUACCUUCCCAACCUUCCAAACCACAACCAUGUCGGGAGACGAGUGGACGACCAUCCAGAAACCAACCCGCCGGCGCCGGCCGCAGCGCCGCCGCAACCACCAGCACGGCACCACCGUUCCGAGCCCGGCCCUCGGAAGCGGCAAAAAGGACGCCUCGGCCUUUUUCGAAAAGGCCGUCGCCGCCACGCUGCGGUCGUCGGUGGACGCGGGCGGCGAUGCGGUCACCCCCGACCAGAUCGAGGGGGCCUUGGAGGCCUGCCUGGGGGAGCUGCGGCAGAGCCGGUACUGGGAAACCGUGAGGGAGGCCCUGGACCACCCGGCCGGAGGCACCGUCGGCGGCCCCGGGUUCCGGUCGAUCGUCUGCUACGGGAUCGGUGCCUUUGGCACGAAGCGGCCGUCGGGGCCCACGUGGCAGCUCGCGCUGGCCCUGCUGAUCCGGGAGCACGCCGGAAGGGGGAAAGGCCCGCAACCGCCUCUGCCCAAAAUGAGCUACUACGAGCCGAUCAUGACGCCACAGGAGUCCGAGGUGCUGGAACGACUCGGCAUCACGGUGAUCGAGGAGAACGAGCGGGGGAGGCGUUCCGUGAACAGCGGCGACCAAAAAGGCAACAACGACGGCAACGACAACAGCGCAACCCUCUUUUUCAUGCCGCACUGCCCCCUGUCGCUCUACACCAACCUGCUCCACACCAACUGGGACUGCCUGCGGCUGGUGGCGAUAUUCGGCAACUCGCUGGGCAACUACAUAAACGGGGGAAACACAUCGAUCGCCACCGAUCCGCAGCGGAAGCAGGCACUCUCGAUUCUGGAGGUCCUGCAGCCCUUCUGGGAGGUCAAAACCCUAGAAAUGGACAAGAGGGACGUUGCCGAUCGCUCGGCCUAUUUCGAGCAAGCCUUCAACGAUUCUAGUCUUACGUACUUUUCUGCAACUAACCGUUCCGCCACCGCCGAUAUGCCCUGGCCGGAGCGGCCCCACCUCGAUGCACCAUCGCAAGACGGCGGGGGCGAGGUCCUGUAGACCGGGUGCCGUUUUGGUGGGGGGUUUGGCGUGUUGCGGCGUGUCGUGGCGUCACCCCUCUUCGUUCCCCGUGAGCCACUCGGCGUCGAGGCCCGACCCGUACCGCUCGGCGUGCACGCGGUCCAGAGCCCGGGCGAUCCUUGCCGUCGUGCUCUUGCUCCCCCACUCGUCGGUCCGGUGGCGGAGGCUGCGCACCAUGGUCGCCGCCGCGCAAGACCUCCCCUCCCGCACGACCACCGAGAGGAAGUCGACCACCCUGUCGAACGAACCUUGAUC